AUGGGAGAAAACAACAAGGAUACUAUUACUGGAGCUGAUCAGAGCAGAACUACUAAACCAGAAUAUGACAAGGAAUGUAAGGUCUGUACAAGGCCUUUUACAUUUUUCUGCUUGAGACCAGGUGAAGAUGCAAGGUAUAAGAAAACUGAGAUUUUCCAAACAUGCAGUAAAUUGAGAUAUGUAUGUCAAGCAUGUCUAUUUGAUCUUGAGUGUGAUAUGCUGGUCCAAGUUCGAGACACUGCUCUUAGCAUUCGCACUAAUGAUGCCAUUCCCAAGAGGGAAUAUUUUGCCGAGGAACAUGAUGUCAAUAGGGAAUAUUUUGCCGAGGAACAUGACCGCAAGCUGACAGUCAGCCAUGGUAAACUGAUCAUUUCACAAUCAUUAGCUGUCUUUUUCUCUAGGGAUCUAGAAUUGCAGAAGAAUGUGAUCCAGAUUUUAGCCAAUAGUAGCAGAUGUUCUGUUAAUCAGGAUCCAAUACUUCCUGCUAUUUUUCCUUCAGGAGGAAUUCUGAGGUCAGCUUGGUCAAGGUUAGAAAUGGUGCAGCAGAGGAAGGUGAGAAUGUUGUUUUACUAUAAGGUGGAGAAACACAAUCAGUGCCUUUAG